AUGUUUGACUUCGAUGAGCUCUCUGGAGAAGAGGAGGCCGAGGAGGCCAAGACCGCCAAGAAAGACGUGACCACAGUGACCACCUCGGCAACAGUCACUGGCUCCCCCAGUCCGCAGGGGACAAACCUCCAAAGCGAAGGUGGACAGGGAUUGACAGAGGUCUUGGUACGCCACGCUAUACAUGGCUGGGAGCUUGCCGUCUCCCUUCCUCGAGAUGCAUCGUUCGCUCACCUGAAGCGCGCUUUAGCCAAGCGCUUUCUGGAGGAUGCCGAAGCAUCUUUUUCAGGCCAGCUGGUUAAGAAGGAAGGUGGCAGCUUUUGCUCCUACAAAGACAGCAUGGCGUUGGGACAGCUCCGGGAAGUGCUGCUCGCUGGGUUCGAGCCAAAGAAAGCACCGAAUCAGGGAGAGAAGUUCCUCUUCGAGGAGAUUGAUACAGUUCGAGAUUCCAAACCAGAUCGCUCGCUGGACUCUUUCAUUGCAUUGCAGAAGGCCUUGCGAUCAGGAUUCGCUGAAGCCAAGUUCCAGGAGCAACUGUACCAGUUGAAGGAGCAAUGUGAGAAGGGCGAGCUUAAGAAGACAAAGUUCUUGGAGCAGAGGCAACAGCUCUUCCUCACCGUUCAGAGCGAAGUGUUGCCAAAGUUUGGAUACGAAGGGACAUCGCUUGGCGUGUGCAAAAUGAUGGGCGACAUGAAGCCCUACGUCCAGGAGCCCGACUUUGUUGUCCUGGCUGACGAGAUCAAUGCACUGCUGGGCAUUGAUUACUCGCCGCCGGACACGUGGACUGCGCUUUCAGACAGCUGCCAGAAACUCAACGACGAGAAGGACGUGCGUCGAUUUGCUCCAGAAGCUCGUCGACCGAAGCAAGACCAGCGCAGAAACGAGUUCAGGCCACCACUGGGCCUUCUUGGUCCUGUGGGUGUUCCCAGCCUGAUGAGUGGAAAGCCUUUGCGGCUUCCGGAUUCCAUCCUUCAAGGUCCGCCCUAG